CACACUGAAUUUACCUUCCACAUCGGUCCACUUUCUUUCUCUCUCUACAUUGUUUCUUCACUUCUCAACAUUUAAAAAAAAAAACCUCCGUUGGCUUGUGGUUUCAAGGGUUUUAAAAGUCCCCAAUCAGACUAAGCCCUAAAGAUAAAGGCGAAAGGUUGCCAAUUUGUAAGUAAUGAGUCCUGGUCACAGCAAAAUGCCUUCAGAUUCGAUAAAAGUAGUCCCUGGUAGGAGUAAACUGCGGGUUGAAUCUUCAAACCCAGUCGCCAGAGGGACCCCAAUGCGUAGAACUUCAAAGGUGAUGUUGAUCACUCCAGAGGAAGCUGUUAAACUAUCUUCCGGAUUCAAUCAAGUGGUUGUUCCUCCAGUUUCUGAGUCACCGAGACCUAAGAUUGCUCGUGCAACUUCUCAAUCCCCAAGACCCGCCCUGGCUGUUCAAAUUCCUGAAGCACUAAGACCUGUCCCGGCUGUUCGAACUCCUGAAGCACCAAGACCUGUCCUGGCUCGUCCCACUUUUGAACCACCAAAAUCUGUAGCGGCUCAUUUUGCAACAGGUUUUAAAAAAAAGAUUGUGUGCGGUCUUCGAGCUCCGAGUUUGAGUACUGCAACAGUUAGACGGAGAACCAAUCCAAGAAGUUUCCAUCAGUCUACGGAUGGCCUUCCUCCUAGUCCACGUGCUUUGCAGAUUCGUUCAAGAAUUAAACAACAAGCUGCUACUAAUGCAACACAUACUGUAGAAGGGACAGUUGUGGAAGUUGGUGAUAAAGCUAAAGAUCAUAAUGCCAAGGAGACAUGUCAACCAGCCUCUAAUGAAAGAAUCUCGGAGUUACUUCGUCAUCGACCAGCUCUGCAUCCUACUUGGAAGGGACGCAUUGUGGAUUCUUCCUCACUGCCUGAGUUCGACUGCGAGUUUUGGGCUAAACCGGCAUCCAAUAUCACCAGGAAGGCACUGAGACUUUCAAAAGCGAUCCCUACGUUACUCCAGGUGGAACUGCUUCCUACAGGACAUAUUCUGAACGAUGUGUUUCACAGAAGCCCAAGGCUAUCGGAUGUGGAACUGUUCCUCUUCUCGGAUGAGAAGGAAACAGAAAGGUUAUGUUUCAGGUCUAAAAGGGAACAUGCUUAUCUGUUUGAGGCCAUGUCGACUCGCAAUGCCAUGAUCAAAGCUAAUAUAAACGGCACAGAGCUGUUGUUGAUAUUCUCCUCCAAACUAUUAGACAAGACUUCCCAGUUCUUCCUCAAGAAGCAGUACAAAACAGAAAACUAUCUUUGGGGCUUCUUUCUCUCACAAGCACAUGUUCCAGGAACUUCUUAUCAAACUGAUAGAGAUGUUGUUGACAUGGACAUAGACACUGAGUACCCAACCCCGAAUCUAGCUCUCAAGCUAAUAGCAGAAUCACAGACCAUUCCCUCAAGCUCACCAGCGAAACUGCACAGAGAAGUCAACGCGCCUCCUCCUGGUUUCGAGAAGGCGAACAAACAAGUUAGCGUGCCUCCUGGUUUCGAGAAGAUAUGGACACCACCCUUGGUGACACUCAACAUACACGGAACUUCAAACGCUCUCUCUGGUCUAACCGGAUCCGCUGGACUAGUGCGCAACGAGUCAGGGAAGUGGGUGUUCGGCUACAGCAGGUGUCACAAGAGCAUCUCCGAAGCCGCGGCUGUGCUUUUGGCUAUCUACCAUGGUCUUAAACUCCUCUGGGACAGCGGCUGCCGAAGAAUCCGCUUGGAGACGACGAGCCUUGACGUCCUCGGUGCUCUGACAACAAAACCAGACCUCUUCUACAAGAGAAAAUCGAUUCUGGGACUGUGCAAGGACAUGAUCUUGAAGAGCUGGGAGUGUGACGUUUACCAUGUCAACAAAGAGGAGAACUCGUGUGCGGAGUGGCUAACUAGCAGAUUAGAUGGAGAGCAGAUUCAAGGAUUGGUUUUCUUCGAGUACCCUCCUCUAGGCCUUGUGGAUCUUCUGGAGAAAGACCGUCUUGCAGCUGUCAAGUAACAGUCACAGUGAUGAGCACAGCUUUAGAUAGAGGUAGGUACAUAUCUUGUGAGUAAUUAGAAGAUCUUUUGAGUGUUAAUGUGACAUCGCAUAAGCAAUAAGUGUAACCAAACGAUGUUUAACUUGUCAAAGUAACAAGAGAGCUUCCUUGGUUCUUGUAAGAUGUGACAUGUCAGUCUCUGGUUGGUUGAUAAGCUAAUAAUGUUUCUCA